AUGAAGAGGGAGUGUGUAACAUCAUAUUCCUCUUUCACUGUCCUGGAGGUCACCUGCUCAGACUCUGUCAGGCUGGUGAAUGGGACCAGUCUGUGUUCAGGCAGACUGGAGGUGAAGUCUAACCAGUCUAACCAGAGGUGGUCCUCAGUGUGUGAAGCUGACUUUGACCAGCAGGAUGCAGAGGUGGUCUGCAGGGAGCUUGGCUGUGGGGCUCCUUCAGUCCUCCAGGGGGCGCUCUAUGGAGAAGUGGAGGCUCCAAUGUGGACCAAAGAGUUCCAGUGUGGAGGCCAUGAGUCUGCUCUCCUGGACUGUAGAAGCUCAGGCUCAGAUAGAAACACCUGCUCACCUGGCAAAGCUGUUGGACUCACCUGCUCAGAGCCUGUCAGGUUGGUGGGAGGAUCCAGUCGCUGUGCAGGAACACUGGAGGUGAAACAGGGAGAGUGGAGACCGGUGGAUGGUGAUGACUGGAGCCUGAAGGAAGCAGCAGUAGUUUGUCGAGACCUGGACUGUGGCUCUCCAAUUUCUAUAGAACAGAGAAAGGAGUCCACGAGAAGACCUGCAUGGUCGAUGACAUCUGAAUGUGUUCACUCUGGAUCUGCUCUGAGGGAGUGUGUAACAUCAUAUUCCUCUUCCACUUUCUUGGAGGUCACCUGCUCAGACUCUGUCAGGCUGGUGAAUGGGACCAGUUUGUGUUCAGGCAGACUGGAGGUGAAGUCUAACCAGUCUAACCAGAGGUGGUCCUCAGUGUGUGAAGCUGACUUUGACCAGCAGGAUGCAGAGGUGGUCUGCAGGGAGCUUGGCUGUGGGGCUCCUUCAGUCCUCCAGGGGGCGCUCUAUGGAGAAGUGGAGGCUCCAAUGUGGACCAAAGAGUUCCAGUGUGGAGGCCAUGAGUCUGCUCUCCUGGACUGUAGAAGCUCAGGCUCAGAUAGAAACACCUGCUCACCUGGCAAAGCUGUUGGACUCACCUGCUCAGAGCCUGUCAGGUUGGUGGGAGGAUCCAGUCGCUGUGCAGGAACACUGGAGGUGAAACAGGGAGAGUGGAGACCAGUGCAUGGCUUUGGCUGGAGCCCAAAGGAAGCAGCUGUAUAUUGUAGAGAGCUGGACUGUGGCUCUGCUGUUUCAGCAGAAUGGAGAAAGGAGUCCAAUGAGUCCUUAGAGAGACCUGUUUGGAUGAUAUCUCAGCAUGCCCCCUUUGGAUAUGCUCUGAAGGACUACGUAACACCAAGUUCCUCUUCCAACAUCUUGGUGAUCAUCUGCUCAGACUCUGUCAGGCUGGUGAAUGGGACCAGUCUGUGUUCAGGCAGACUGGAGGUGAAGUCUAACCAGUCUAACCAGUCUAACCAGAGGUGGUCCUCAGUGUGUGAAGCUGACUUUGACCAGCAGGAUGCAGAGGUGGUCUGCAGGGAGCUUGGCUGUGGGGCUCCUUCAGUCCUCCAGGGGGCGCUCUAUGGAGAAGUGGAGGCUCCAAUGUGGACCAAAGAGUUCCAGUGUGGAGGCCAUGAGUCUGCUCUCCUGGACUGUAGAAGCUCAGGCUCAAAUAGAAACACCUGCUCACCUGGCAAAGCUGUUGGACUCACCUGCUCAGAGCCUGUCAGGUUGGUGGGAGGAUCCAGUCGCUGUGCAGGAACACUGGAGGUGAAACAGGGAGAGUGGAGACCAGUAUAUGACUCUUACAUGAGCCUGAGGGAAGCAGCACAAAUUUGUAAAGAGCUGGACUGUGGCUCUGCUGUUUCAACAGACGUGAGAAGAGAGUCCCGAGGCAGAACUGUGUGGCAGACCCAAUAUAACUGUAUUGAUUCUGGAUCUGCUCUGAGGGACUGUGUACUGCAAGGUUACGGUUUCUCCAGCCGGGAGAUCACCUGCUCAGACUCUGUCAGGCUGGUGAAUGGGACCAGUCUGUGUUCAGGCAGACUGGAGGUGAAGUCUAACCAGUCUAACCAGUCUAACCAGUCUAACCAGAGGUGGUCCUCAGUGUGUGAAGCUGACUUUGACCAGCAGGAUGCAGAGGUGGUCUGCAGGGAGCUUGGCUGUGGGGCUCCUUCAGUCCUCCAGGGGGCGCUCUAUGGAGAAGUGGAGGCUCCAAUGUGGACCAAAGAGUUCCAGUGUGGAGGCCAUGAGUCUGCUCUCCUGGACUGUAGAAGCUCAGGCUCAGAUAGAAACACCUGCUCACCUGGCAAAGCUGUUGGACUCACCUGCUCAGAGCCUGUCAGGUUGGUGGGAGGAUCCAGUCGCUGUGCAGGAACACUGGAGAUGAAACACCAGAACGAGUGGAGACCAGUAUAUGAUACAUAUAAGGAGUGGACCCUGAGGGAAGCAGCUUUAUUCUGCAGAGAACUGAACUGUGGCUCAGCUGUUUCUAUGGGAUGGAGAAAUGAGUCCUCAGCCAGACUCGUAUGGAUGAUGAACUCUGGAUGUGUUGGCUCUGGAUAUGCUCUGAGGGACUGUGUAAUACCACAGUUCAGUUUCUAUUUUGGGGUGCUCACCUGCUCAGAUGUGCUGGUUCAGCCCAACAUAUCUGUGUCCUCCAUGGACGGGGUCUCCGAGGCCCAGCAGCAGGGACUUCAGGUGCUCAGCGGCUCCAACUUCACCGUCAGCUGCUCCAUCCAGCCACAGUUCCCAGGAGGCUCCUUCCUGCUCAGCUUCACUUCCUCCAACUCAACACACAAUUACAACUACACCCAGCCAGCUGUCAAUCACUCUGCCCACUUCCUCUUUCCUGCUGCAGAGCCCGCCCACCAAGGAAGCUACAUCUGUGUUUAUCACGUCUACGUUUUUUUUCAAAACUUCUCGUCUGAGAGCCGUCUGCUGUCUCUCACUGUGUCUGAGGAGAAUGUGACGCCGAGUCAAAGAGCGUUUCCACCGAUUUUCAUCUUUGCUCUUGUUCUUCUGUUGCUGAGUUUGACGCUGUUCUUCACUGGCAUUUAUUCAUCUUGCAAGGCCACCAGGGGACAGACAUCUGAAAGACAGAGGGACACUGAAGUGUUAUAACUGCACUGAUUCAGUGAGGAAGAAGUCAAACGAACACCGAUGCUCAACUGAAAAACUGAUUUACUCAAGAGAAAUUUUUUAAGAGUGAAGUAAGAUUGCAACAUUCUCCUGGAGACUCUGCGGAAGGUUUGCAAACACGUCACUGCCUCACAGCACCCAGAAAUAUUUUGUAAAAGUCAGAAUCAAAGGUCUUCAUUUUGAACCCGAUCUGAAAACGGACUUGUGAUUAAUUCAUGAACCCAAAGUUCAUGUAUUAAUUAUUACACGAGAGACCUGAUCCAAAUGAACCCAACGAUGAUUGUUAAGACAACUUAUUUUUUCCAUUUUUCAAAUUUCUUUAUUUGGCCCUGAAUCCUUUAUCUUCCACUGCAGUGCACUUAGUUCCCCCAAAAUUUGUUCCCAGCUGUUAGUAGGUUCCCACCCUAUUGGUUACAUAGAGCGUACCUUUUUGUUUGCCUCGGCCGUUCUUUGAAUAUUUAACAUAUCCUCAUUCAAUGGUUCCUAUGAUAUCUGACAGACAUGCACAACUGUAUGUUUGACAUUUAACAAAUUAGCGCCCCACGACUCAGCGCCCCUGCCACUUAGGUUAGGUUUGCAAAGAAUCGCAGUUGAACGCCAUCACGUUACGUGCUUUAAUUAUAGUUAUGUACUUAACAUAAGGUUACUUAAAAGAAUCAUAGUUGGGCACCGUCAUGUUAUGUGCUUAAUGUUAAGUUCAAUACUUAAUAUAACAUUACGUACUUAACGUAGAGUAACAUAGAUUAGGUUUAGGAAAAUCAUCUGAGCAUCAUCAUGUUACGUUAAAUCAUGUUACGUACUUAACAUAAAGUUUUGUACUUAACAUAAAUUUACGUACUUCAAAUAACGUAGGUUAGGUAUAGGAAAAGAAUCAUUGUUGAGCGUCAUCACGUCAUGCACAUAACGUAAAGUUUUGCAUUAACAUGAACUCACAUAGUUAACAUAAAGUAACGUAGGCUAGGUUUAGGAAAAUAAUCAUAGUUGGGUAUCAUCACAAUACGUACCCAACAUAAAGUUACACAGGAUAGAUUUUGAUACAUAUAUUAGUUUUAAGAAAAGAAUCAUGGUUCAGUGCCAUCACAUUACCUACUAAACGUAAAGUUACGUACGUAACCUAAAGUAACAUAGGUUAGGUUUGGAAAAGAAUCAUAGCUGGGCAUCGUCAAUGUUAUGUACCUAACGUGAAGUUACGUACUUGACGCAAAGUUACACAGGUUACGUUUAGGAAAAGCAUUAUGGUUAGGUGUCAUCACAUUAUGUACUAAACGUAAAGUUACGUACUUAAUAUAAUAAAGUUAUGUAGGUCAGGUUUAGGAAAAGAAUUGUGCUUGGGUGUCAUCACAUAUCAUACUUAAUGUAAUGUACUUAAUGUAAAGUUAUUAAGUUAGAUUUUUGAAAGUAAAUUUACGAAAAAGAAUCAUGGUUGAACGUUGUCAGGUAUUUUAACAUUUUGGUACAAUAUAAGAAAACAAACCUUUUUGUUGAUUAAGAAUCACAACAGUGUUGAUUAUAAUAGUACACAAAAUAACGAUAAAAUCUGACGAUGAAAAUAUAACAGCAGAAAAUAUAACAUGUUGAUUAAAUUUAUAUCUGACUCAUUUCUGUAUUGAAAAUUUAAUUUAACUAAAUGUACAAAAGUAUCAGCAUCAAAAUAUACUUUUAAGUACUGGAAGUAAAAGUACACUUCAUUCUGAAUAAUACGUUAUAUUAUUGGAUUAUAAUUAUUGAUUCAUUAACGGCGCAGAGCUUUAAUUUUGAAGUGUUGUUUCCUGCUGUGGAGUGAGUGAGUGAGUGAUGUUGUGUUCACACCGGGCAUGGAUAAAACAAUUCACAUGCGUGAAUUACAUGCAAAGUCCCGCUGGGUGGCAUGAUGGACACGACGUGAAUGACGUGAAAUAUGGAAAUUAGUAACAAGAAAGAAGCAAGUAGCGCAAUUUCAUGUGUUACGCUAACUCGGGAGCUGAAAAAUAUGAACUGACCAAUUUCUGUAAAGUCAAUGUAAAGAUGCGAUUAGAUGCGAAUUCCCGCCAGGAGGCAUGAUGGAUAAGACACAAAUGGUGCCAAAGAAGCGAGUAGCGUGAUUUUGCGUCAUACACUUAUUAGCAAGAGUUGAAAAAGCUUAACGUCAAUGACUAAUUCACGCCGUGAUAGCCAAUUAGCAUUGAGAUCCUCCAGAAACGUAUGGCGCAGACGAAGUACCGGUGGAAGUUUAUCAACCAAUUCAGCAAUUAAGCGAGUCAACACGCGUUCAGCGGUGUGAACACAACAUAACAGACACCAACUUGACGAUGACAACAAACUAGCUCAACGACAUUGCCGAACACAAGCAUGACUCUGAAUAAUGAAACUGUGUGGACCUUGAACUGACGACGAGGGAGAAUUCUGGACUGAUUAUUUCUUUCGUGAUUAAUCGUGGUGUUUGUUGUUUUUUUGUUUGUGUCUCCAUUAAAAUACAUGUCAGUUAA